AUGGCCCAGGAAGGUGAUGAGCCAGUCCACCACAGUCAAGGCAAUUCCUCGGGCUCCGCAGCGGAGCUACCGCCCAGUGCGACGGAGAAGCAGUCGUACGCCAGCGUCGAAAAUGGCCGUGUAGACAUUGAUCUCAACUCGGGUCUGUGUCGCCGGCUGUCCCGCCUCGUGCCGGCAUCCCCCGGGCCCCAGACGAGGCCGCCCGAGAGUCCUCCCGAAUACAGCGAACAGGGCCCGCAGUCCCUCCGCCUCAACAUCGUGGUCCAGAUCGUCGGGAGCCGCGGUGACGUCCAGCCCUUUGUCGCGCUCGGGCAGGAGCUCCAGCGGCACGGGCAUCGGGUGCGGCUCGCGACGCACGACGUCUUUGCCGCCUUUGUCAGAGACGCUGGCCUCGAGUUCUUUCCCGUGGGCGGCGACCCGGCCGAGCUCAUGGCGUACAUGGUCAAGAACCCGGGCCUGCUGCCCAGCAUGCAGGGGCUGAGGGGCGGAGAGGUGCAGAGGAAGCGGCGCAUGGUCGCGGGCAUGCUGCGCGGGUUCUGGUCGUCCUGCGUUGAGCCCGAUCCCGUCACGUCGGUGCCGUUCGUGGCCGAUGCCAUCAUCGCAAACCCUCCGAGCUUUGCGCACGUCCACUGUGCGCAGGCCCUGGGCGUGCCGCUGCACCUCAUGUUCACGAUGCCGUGGACCAGCACCACGGCGUUUUGCCACCCGCUGGCAAACCUCGUCGGCUCCGACGCGAUACCACCGCGCACGGCAAACUUUCUGUCAUACUUGGCGGUCGAGUGGAUCACGUGGCAAGGUCUCCAAGACGUCAUAAACUCGUGGCGGAGGACGCUCGACCUGGAGCCGGUUCCAUUCUCAGAAGCCCCGUUCCUGGCAGAGACGCUCCAGAUACCAGUCACAUACUGCUGGUCGCCGGCGCUGGUGCCGAAACCCGCCGACUGGCCGUCGUACAUCGACGUGUGCGGAUUCUUCUUCCGAAAAGAGCCAGAGUACGCUCCGACACCAGAGCUGGCCGGGUUCCUGAAAAGCGGGCAGCGGCCCGUGUACAUCGGAUUCGGCAGCAUCGUCGUCGACGACCCACGCGCGCUGUCCGCCACAAUAGCCGCGGCUGUGAAAGAAGCUGGUGUGAGGGCCGUCGUCUCCAGAGGCUGGAGCAAACUCGGAGAGGGCCAGGUCCCUAGUACCGACGUAUUCUACCUCGACGACUGCCCCCACGAGUGGCUGUUCAAGCAGGUCAGUGCCGUCGUGCACCAUGGUGGAGCCGGCACCACGGCCUGCGGGCUCCUCAACGGCAGACCAACCGUCGUCGUCCCGUUCUUUGGAGACCAGCCGUUCUGGGGCACCAUGGUCGCCGCGGCUGGCGCCGGCCCGGAUCCGAUCCCAGCACAGCAGCUCGACGUCGCGAAGCUAGCUGCCGCCAUCCGGUUCUGCCUCACAUCUGAAGCGGCGGCGGCAGCAGAGAGCAUGUCUGCAAGGAUGAGGACCGAGUCGGGCGUGAGGCGGGCGGUCGCAACAUUCCACGCCAACCUCCCGCUUGAAAAGAUGCGAUGCGAUCUGAUCCCGAGCCAGCCUGCCGUGUGGAUGUGCACGUCGCCGAAGCGACUGAAGCUGUCCAAGGCCGCAGCUGAAGUGUUGACUGGUGCGGAUCUCAUCUCCUGGAGCACUCUGAGGAGAUACAACCCCAAGCCCAUCCACAUCAGCAACAGAAGAUGGGAUCCAGUCACCGCAACGGCAUCGUCACUCGCCGCGACGAGCACGGGCAUGGUCACCUCGGCAGCAGACAUUGUCAUCAAGCCGAUGGAGGCGCUCGGGAAAUCACUGACUCGGGCGGAGCACGGAGGCGCAGACGCGAUCGGGGCUCCUGGCGGUCACGACGCUGUCUACGGGAGGUCGGCCGCCAUCGAGCUCCCAAGGGCAACCAACGUGCAGCCGACGGGCCGCGGAACCGCCGCCGCCGCCGCCCUCGGAUCGGCAGUGGGCCUGGGCAACUUUUUCAAGUCCUUCACCAAGGGCGUGCUCCUGGACCUCCCCCUGGCGGUGACAGAGGGUAUGCGCAACGCCCCCAGGCUGUACGGCGGAGACGUGUACGAGCCCGGCGACGUGGUGGACUGGAAGUCCGGGGGGCUCGCCGCGGGGCGGAACCUGAGCCACGGCUUCGUGGAAGGGUUCAGGGGCCUGGUCGCGGAGCCGAUGCGCGGGGCCGAGCAGGGCGGGGCCGUCGGCGCGGCGAGAGGCGCCGGCGUCGGCAUUCUGAACUUUGGGGCCAAGGUCAGCUCGGGCGCGCUCGGGCUGGUCACGUACUCGGGCCAGGGGCUGUAUCAGAGCAUGCGGUCCACGGCGAGGAGGGAGACGAGCCGGCUGGUCAAGGAGGCCAGGCGCGCCGAGGGGCCGUACGCGGUUGGGUCUGCCAGUGAGCUGGACACGCAGGCCAUUGUGCGGGCCUUUGUUGCGGGCAACGGAGAGUGCGGACAGUGUUGA